AUAAAAAUGAAAGUCAUCAAGAAGCAAACUCUGAAACAUCUCUCUCGCUCUCUCUCUAGCUCUUUUUGUUUGGUUUCUCUCUCUUAUUUAGAUUACAACCUUGAGGAGAAUCAAACCAGAGAGAGGACUGAAGUUUGAAACCUCAAACAUCAAAAACAAGAAAGAAAAGGUUUAGAACAUAAAAAAUGUGGGAUCUAAACGACUCACCCCACAAAACAUUCAGACAAGAAGAAUCUGAAGAGUUUUCUUAUUCUUCACCGGGUAAACGGGUCGGAUCUUUCUCAAAUUCAAGUUCAUCUGCUGUAGUCAUCGAAGAUGGAUCCGAUGAUGAUGAACCUAACCGGGUCAGACCCAACAACCCUCUUAUCACCCAUCAGUUCUUCCCGGAGAUGGAAUCUAGCGUAGGAGACGAUGGUAGUGGUGGUCCCGGGUCAGGCUUUCCUCGGUCUCACUGGUUUGGUGUUAACUUUUCUCAGUCGGAUCUAGCUACCGGAUCAUCGGUAGGUAAACCCGCAACUGUUGCUGCCGUGGUGGAGCCGGCACAGCCGUUAAAGAAGAGCCGGCGUGGACCAAGGUCAAGGAGUUCUCAGUAUAGAGGCGUUACGUUUUACCGGCGAACCGGAAGAUGGGAGUCUCAUAUUUGGGACUGUGGCAAACAGGUUUACUUAGGUGGAUUUGACACUGCUCAUGCAGCUGCUCGAGCAUAUGAUAGAGCUGCUAUUAAAUUCCGUGGGGUAGAAGCUGAUAUCAAUUUUAACAUCGAAGAUUAUGAUAAUGACAUGAAGCAGAUGACGAAUUUAACUAAGGAAGAGUUCGUGCACGUACUUCGCCGACAAAGCACAGGGUUCCCCCGAGGAAGUUCGAAGUAUAGAGGUGUCACUUUGCAUAAGUGUGGUCGUUGGGAAGCUCGAAUGGGUCAAUUCUUAGGCAAAAAGUAUGUUUAUUUGGGUUUGUUCGACACCGAGGUUGAGGCUGCUAGAGCUUAUGAUAAAGCUGCAAUCAAAUGUAAUGGCAAAGACGCUGUGACGAACUUUGAUUCAAGCAUAUACGAGGACGAACUGAAUGCCGAGUCAUCGGGGAAUCCAAUUCAACAAGAUCAUAACCUCGAUUUGAGUUUGGGAAACUCGGUCAAUUUGAAGCAAAAGGGUCAAGAUAUGCGGCUCAAGAUGAACCAACAAGAUUCCUUCCACUCUAAUGAGAUACUCGGACUAGGUCAAACCGGAAUGGUUAACCAUAUCCCCAAUUCAGUUCACCAAUAGUUUCCGGGAAGCAGUAACAUUGGGGGCGGCGGAGGAGGAUUCUCGCUCUUUCCUGUGGUUGAGAACCACCGGUUUGAUGGUCAGACCACCGCAAACCAAGUGUUGGCAAAUGCUGCAGCAUCAUCAGGAUUCUCUCCUCAUAAUCACAAUCAGAGUUUUAAUUCUACUCCUACUUCUCAUCAAAAUUGGCUGCAGACUAAUGGCUUCCAACCUCCCCUCAUGAGACCUUGAAUCUUUAACUUCUAAGAAACAAAUUCGGGGUAAAAUGAACUUUUCAAGUUCCAUAUGUUCUUGGUCAUUAAAUUAACUAUCGGCUUUUUGUUUGUUUUUUUCUCUUUAAACGUCAUGUUAAGUUAGACUAAGAAAAUUUCUCAAGAAAUUAAAUGGAAUUAGUUUUCCUCGAUUGGGUUAUAUGUAUACAUAUAUUCACAUGAUGCUUGGAUAUAUGGGAACUGGAUAAUUGUGUGAUUUGAGAUGUUCUGACUAAAAAGGUUGAGAAGAGAUUUGUCAA